AUGGUCGCCACCGAACGUCCCCCAUAUCCGGGGAAGCAGUUGCUCAUUCUCGCCCUUUGUCGGAUAUGCGAGCCGAUUGCAUUCAUGUCCAUCUUCCCAUACAUCUAUCACAUGGUGAAGGACUUCAACUUGACCGAUGAUGAGAGCCAAAUUUCUUUUUAUGCCGGCAUGGUAACUUCGGCGUUUACCUUUGCCGAGUUCUCGACCAGCGUCUUCUGGGGAAGGCUCAGUGACAAGAUCGGCCGGAAACCCGUGCUUCUGAUGGGAAUGGCCGGGACAGGAAUGAGCGUCCUUGCAUUUGGCUUUGCCCCAAAUCUGCAGGUCGCCCUAUUUGCUCGUGCACUAGGAGGGUUCUUGAACGGCUCGGGCGUACUCGGUAAUGCCGUUGGUCUGGUGUGUCGGGGCAGUUCGAUUGUUGGCCCCAUGAUCGGAGGCGCACUCGCAAAACCAGUCGACACCCUACCUUCGGUCUUCACCCCGGGCAGUAUUUGGGACCGCUUCCCUUACCUCCUGCCGAACUUGUUCAGCGCUAUCUGCGUCUCGGUCGGAGUUGUCAUUGGCCUCUUGUUCCUGGAGGAAACGCACGCAGAGAAGAAGAAGGGCCGCGAUCGUGGGGUGGAGCUCGGGAACUAUCUUCUCAGCUAUCUUCAAGCGAGAAGCGCGAAGGCCGAGGGCAAGUUGCCAGCGAAGAACUCCGAGGAGCAACCUCUGUUAUUCGAGACGGAAGAGACAUUGCCCGGGUAUCUCACCAACGGAGACUCGGCAUCAUCGGUCUGCGAACAGGAGCCGGUCGGCUUCGAAGAGGCAUCCGGCGCCCCGGCACCGAAGCAGGAUGGCAAGCCCACAGCAAGAAUCUUUACCAAGCCGGUGAUUACCAUCAUUGCCUCAUACGGCAUCCUGGCAUUCCACACCAUGGUGUUUGAUUCACUACUUCCGGUAUUCCUCAGCACAAACCCGCCUGAUGACAAGAUGCCGAUUUCCCUUCCCUUCAAAUUCGCCGACGGCUUCGGCAUGGAUACCCGGACGAUUGGCGUCAUCCUUUCCAUACAAGGCAUUUACUCGAUGGCAUCGACGCAUUUCUUGUUCCCGCUGAUUACCCAAAGACUGGGCCCUCUCCGACUCUUCAAACUCAUGUCUAUCCUCUACCCGCUUCUCUAUUUCUUCACGCCCUACAUAGUCCUCCUCCCCGAGAGCCUCCGGAUGGCUAGCGUCUACUUCAUCGUGGUGUGGAAGUGCACGUUUUCGACUCUGGCGUACCCGAGCAACGCCAUCCUCAUCACCAACUCGGCACCGACGACGCUCACCCUGGGUACGAUCAACGGAGCGGCCGCCUCGACGGCCAGUCUGUGCCGCGCGCUGGGGCCCAUCAUCUCGGGUCUCUUGUACUCGAUGGGAUGGGAAAACGGGUAUUCGGGGCUGUCUUGGUGGGUUACUGGUCUGGUAACCAUUGGCGGUGCCUAUGUGGGCCUGAAGAUCACGGAGCCUCGGGGGAGGAUGGAUGAGAAGCUCGACAUCGAGGCGGCUCCAAUGCCUCAGGGUGUCUGGGAUGCGGCGGGAACGAGCGGCAGGCAGACGCAGCAGAGCUAA